AUGUGUUUAAGUUUCUUAUCCUCUAAAGUUCUGGUGUUAGUGUUUAUGGUUUCAUGCAUCAACCAAGUUAAUAGCCAGAAAUUUUGCAAUGUAGAUGAUUUUGGUGCAGUCGGGGAUGGUAAAACUGAUAACACCAAUGCUUUUAGAAAUGCAUGGAAGCAAGCCUGCCAAUCAGGAGGCGCAGUGUCAAUGGUGAAUGGAACGUAUCUGUUAAAUACCAUCCAGUUUACAGGGCCAUGCAAUGGUCAAGUGAGCUUUAUGAUAAAUGCAGUAAUACAGGCUCACCAGGGUCGAUCUAAUACAAAUUAUUGGAUAAAUUUCGACAAUGUGGAUGGCUUGACUAUCCGAGGAAAUGGCACACUCGACGGCCAAGGAGCUUCGGCUUGGCCCUUCAACCCUUGCAGUAAUGCUGUAUCAUGCUUACCACUUACUCCAUCACUGAUGUUGACGAGGAUCAAGCAAUCACUAGUUCACAACAUAACAUUACUCAACAGCAAAGGUUUCCACAUGAAAAUUGAAAAUUGUGAGAACAUUACCAUCAAGAGCAUUACAAUAACAUCACCAGCUGAUAGCCCAAACACUGACGGAAUUCACACCGGAAACAUCAACUACGUUAAUAUUCUCAAUUCCAGUAUCAGCACUGGAGAUGAUUGCAUAUCCAUGGGGGCUGGAACGAGGAACAUCAAUAUCACUGGAGUUAUAUGUGGUCCUGGCCACGGCAUCAGCGUUGGGAGCAUUGGCAAGUAUCCCUCAGAACAAAAUGUGGAGGGCGUUAACGUACGAAACUGCACAAUGAGGUCAACACAAAAUGGUGUGAGAAUCAAAACAUGGAAUUCAACCUUUCAAAUAUAUGUUUCUGAUGUCACUUUUCAAGACAUUGUUAUGGAUAAUGCAAACAAUCCUAUUAUUAUCGAUCAACAAUAUUGUGGCGGGGGGCAUGAAUGCAUUGGGAGUUCGCAUGUUCAAGUAAAAGAUGUGAAGUUCAUAAGGGUUGAAGGAACAUCAAGAUCAAAAAUUGCAGUAAAUUUAAAUUGCAGCAGCAGUAAACCUUGUCGUGGGAUUGAGCUAAACAACAUCAACUUGAGUUUAGCAGAUGGAGGAAAUGCAACUUCUUCAUGUUCAAAUGCCUCUGUAUCUUAUAUUGGCACACAAAAUCCUGCCCCUUGUCAGGAGAAUUAUCUCUACUAUGAUGCAUAG